GUUCUUCCAUGAUGAGCCACUUUAUAACAGAUCGACGCUCCCGACUUCUGUCUAGUCUGUGUUGAGCCGCGGGACUAAGCCUUUCCACUUGUUCCUGAACCUUUUUUGUGUGUGGAAAUACCUGCCGAGACCAAAAUCAUCCGCAAAGAUGCUGCUGCUUCUUCUCGGAAUCGUCUUCCUGCACGUUGCUGCUCUGGUGCUUCUGUUUGUCUCCACCACCGUUAGCGUAUGGGCAUCCAGUGAUGCAGGAACUUCAGACCUGUGGUCCAACUGCACUGCCACUAAUGGAGGGUACAAGUGCGACCCGGCUUCGACUGGAGAGUGGAUCCAGUCGGUCCAGGCUCUCAUGAUCCUGUCCAUCAUCUUCAGCUGCCUGUCUCUCUUCAUCUUCUUCUGCCAGCUCUUCACUUUGCAGAAAGGCGGACGUUUCUUCCUCACCGGAACCUUCCAGAUCCUUGCAAGUUUGUUUGUCAUGAGCGGCGCCAUCAUCUACACUGUAAUGAGUCCGGAGUGGGUGCCCAACACCGCCUCCUUUGGCUACUCCUACAUCCUGGCAUGGGUGGCUUUCCCCUUGGCGCUGAUCAGCGGACUCAUCUAUGUCAUCUUGAGGAAGCGAGAAUGAGCUCCAUCCCAGUGUUCUCAGUAGAAACCCCACCUGCAAGUGUCACCAGUCGCACCCCCCAUUCAUGUCAUUCACUCCAUGGAAACAGCAGGGCGGUGGGAGAGGGAGGGAGGGGGGCGGUCAUGCUAAAGCAAACCAAGGCAGAAUCAACCAACACUGUCUCAGUUGAAAGUUGUAUAUAGUAUCUAUGGUUAAAAACCUAUUUAUAACACUUUUUAAAUAUAUGUACAUAGUUUUUGUGUUGCUCUGUCAAAUGUUUUUGUCAGCUGAUUAAGUGCCUCAGUGUUUGUAACGAUGACAUAAUUAUUUUGUUGUGCUUCCUCUAUCCUUUGCCAAAGAAUUAAUAAACAGACUCUUAUUGUAGAAUAACCAAACUGCAUGUUUAAGUAGAUCAUUUGGGAUGAGUUUGAAGAGAGUGGUAACAUCCGCGACAGUAGUCUAGCUAUUCUUAUUGCGAGGUGUUUUUAAUGCUACGUUUUUCUAUUGUCAUUUUCAAGAAAAGAUGGUGCUAUGUAUUUAUCAUUCCUGUGACUGAUAGCAAACAUUUAAACCGUAGUGUCAGUAUUGUUCAGAGCCAAACUGUACACCACCUGACUUCGAAGCCUUUGAAAGUGAGGACUUGUAUGAAGAUUCAAAAAGUAAGAUGACCGCACACGCAUAGCGCAAAACUGUACGCAGCCAGGCAUUUGAGAAGAAGCGACUCAAAUGUACUAUUGUACCUUAGUUAAUGCCGUAAUAGUUGCCAUUGUUAUUUCAAGUCAAACUUUACAUUAGAAUGCGUCGUAAACAGAUGAUCGACAUUAAUUAAUUGCAGCGCAGAUAUAUUUGAACAGUUAAUAUUAGCAUUAUCUUAGUUCCUGACAGAUCAAAGUGUCUGGCGUCAAGUGACACAACGUUUGUUUUUGUGACUGUCGGGAAGUUUUUUUUAAUUGCUGCUGUUUAGCUACAUAGGAAGUCCUUUAUCGCAGUGUAACACCAAGCCACGCUACAUCGUACCUGUCACACACCUCGAGGAUCAACGUAGCGACGUGUAGUCAUCUGUGAAUACGUCUGACUAAUUUAAAACUGACAUACUUCUGCAAGCUUAGUUUCAAGGUGUGUGUCUGUAAUGGCAACCCACAGAUAGGUUUGCAGACACCUGUCAUACUAGUUCUAAAGUUAGCUCAGCAUUGUUGCACUAACUUGUUGGUUCAAAUCCAGAAAGCCUUAGAUUCAUACUUUUGUCAUUUCAUGACUUGGAAUCCAGAUAAAUGACAAAUAGACAUGAACAAAUUGCCAAGAUGAAGUUGGGUAGUGUCGGCUGUGAUAAGAGCAUCUGCCAAAUGAUUCCAUUUUGGGUGGUUAAUGAAUAAACAUUCGAAAUGGCAGUGUUAUUCUUCGACUUCCAAAAGAGUUUAAGCCUUUAACCAUAAACGCCUGUAUUUUCCCACCAAUUUUCUUGUUUCUAAUUUGGGCACAAUUAAAAAAAAAAAAAAAAAACUCUCAUAACUCAGUACAAAGCCAUGACAUCAUGCCAGCUAGGAUUUUUUUGUUUAUGUGUUGGAUAUGGAUCUGUUU